CGCGCGGAGUCUUUCAGUCAGCUCGUCCGGUCGGAGCGAGCGAGCGCGCAGGUCCCGCUUGCGUUGUCGGCGGUGCUGUUAGCGCAGCGGCAGGCGGCAGGCGGCAGGCGGCGGGAGGGCGGCCAGGCGUCGCUCUUUCUUGUCCCCUCGCGCGACACUUCCCGACGGCCGAGGGCGGACGGCGGACGGUGGAAGGCGGACGGCGGGCGCUCCCGUUCCCGCGCGGUCCUGCGGCGGCGCGGCAGGACAAAACCCGGCCGCCCGCUCGGGCCAGCUCGCUGCCAUGCGGGACCUCCGCUCCCGCGCGCUCGCCGUAGUCGACGACGGGACCCCCCCGGCCCGGGCCCCCCCGCCACACUUUGGACUCUGGUGACGACAUGUUGCUCUUCGGACGGCGGCGGCGGGCCUCUGCCUAACAGGUCCGCCGAGCGCGCCUAUCCCGAGGCGGGGUCAGAGUUCACCCCCCCGCUGGGAAAUGUGAGAGCAGGGGGGCGACCGGAGGGCUACACCUCCUCCUCCCCCCCCCAACCCCCACGCCCCUUCCCGGCCCCCAACCCCGCCACCCCCGGCCCCGCUCGUCCCGUCCGUCGUUUUCGUCUCGCGCACGCGCGCCCACCGGAGCCGGACUGGGCCACGCAGCCACGGGCGUACGCGCGCGCGCGCGGCCACGCGGACCAGUCAUGUACUCGCCGCUUUGUCUCACGCAGGACGAGUUCCACCCGUUCAUCGAGGCGCUGCUGCCGCACGUGCGCGCCUUCGCCUACACGUGGUUCAACCUGCAGGCGCGCAAGCGCAAGUACUUCAAGAAGCACGAGAAGCGCAUGUCCAAGGAGGAGGAGCGCGGCGUGAAAGACGAGCUCCUGGGCGAGAAGCCCGAGGUCAAGCAGAAGUGGGCCUCGCGCCUGCUGGCCAAGCUGCGCAAGGACAUCCGCCCCGAGUUCCGCGAGGACUUUGUGCUGAGCGUGACGGCCAAGAAGGCGCCCUGCUGCGUGCUGUCCAACCCCGACCAGAAGGGCAAGAUGCGCCGCAUCGACUGCCUGCGGCAGGCCGACAAGGUCUGGCGCCUGGACCUGGUCAUGGUCAUCCUCUUCAAGGGCGUGCCGCUGGAGAGCACCGACGGCGAGCGCCUGGUCAAGUCGCCGCGCUGCGCCAACCCGGGCCUCUGCGUGCAGCCGCACCACAUCGGCGUCUCCGUCAAGGAGCUGGACCUCUACCUGGCCUACUUUGUCCACGCAGAGGGCGGCCAAUCAGAGAGCCCAAACCAGGCCGGCGAGGCGGACAUGAAAGAGCAGAGCGAGAACGGUCAUCUGAGUUUCCAGGACACUUUUGUCACUCCAGGAGUUUUUACCGUUUCCGAACUUGUACGAGUCUCACAGACUCCCAUCGCCGCCGGCACGGGUCCCAACUUCUCGCUGGCCGACCUGGACGGCUCGUCCUACUACGGCAUGAGCCCCGGCGCCAUGAGGAGGCCCCUGCCCAGCACCUCCUCCUCGUCCAGCUCGGCCAAGCGCAUCAAGUGCAUGGAGGAGGACGCCGACAGUCCCGGCGAGGACUCGUAUUACCCGACUCAGGGCCGCUCGCCGGGCAGCGUCAGCCAGGCCGGCAGCUGGCACGAGGAGCCAGCAGCAUACAAGCUACGCGGCUCCUUAGCUAGCUCCUUCAUCUCUCGCCAAGCCAGCCCGCACGCGCCGCCCUCCGGCCUGCACUUCUCGUCGUCGCCCAUCCUGCAGCAGCCCGCCUCGUACUUCUCGCACGCCGCCAUCAGGUACCACCCGCAGGACCCCCUCAAGGACUUUGUGCAGCUGGUGUGUCCCGACUCCGCCCAGACGGCCGGACAGGUGGGCUUCCUCAACCCUAAUGGUAGCUCCCAGGGAAAAGUCCCCAAUCCUUUCCUGGCCACGCCCAUGCUGCCCCCUCCUCCGCCGCCACCCAUGGCCCGGCCCGUCCCGCUGCCCGUCGAGGCCAAGCCGCCCGCCAGCUCCUCGGCCGAGGUGGGGGGCAACUCGCCGUCGUCGCCGACGUAUUCGGCCCCGCCCGCCGGCUCUCCCGCCCAGCGAUUUGUGAGCGUGGGGCCGCGAGACCCCGCCUUCAACAUCCCGCAGCAGCCGCAGUGGUACCUGGGAUAAGGACGCCACCCGAGGCUACACCCGGUCCCGCCCCCGGAGCCGCCCACGUUGACACGCCCCCGCCUUCCCGCGCCUGACUUUGCCCACCAGCGCCCGCCUGGCCGUCGGCCUCGGCGUGGCUCGGGGAUGGGGUCGAGGGCCACGGCCUCGCCUCCCAAACCUGGAAAGGUUCCCUCUGUCUUGCGGGGGAGGGGCCUAACCCGACAACUCCCAGCCUUUGCUGUGUCCCCGCCUCCUCCUUCUCCUCCUCCUCAUUGAAGGGAGGAGUCUUAUCACCAGCUUAUGACCCACUUUCGACUCCGCCCCUUUUGGGAAAGCGCUGAGAGCGGGCGGGGUUUGUUGACUGAGUGCUGCUUGAUGACUCCGCCCACUGGGGGGGGCACUCUCCGGAAGGAUCUGCGAGUGGACGGGCAUUGUUGCCGCAUUGCCGGUUGUCACCUGACCUGACCUCUUCUUCGGCCUCCCCAUAUUCCAAUAUGAAAUAUCGGAAUAUGAAAUAUCCUCAUCCUGCACGAAAGUGGAGAUGAGGAAAACGUGCAAUGUUUGGAAGCUCCAAGCUGUUUUUUUUUGUUCCCCUCCCGCCCCCCAAAAAGUCCGCCGGCACCUCUGGACUCUAAAACAGGAUGCGCAAAGACAAAACGGACGCUGUCGUUGUUAUCAUCUUUAUCACUUUGAUUGGGAUUCUUCUUAUUGGGAGACGAUGGUGACCAUCGCUCAGAUGAUAUUUUUGGGAUGGUGUCGCUCCCUUUCAAAGUUGUCGCUCGCUUGGACUUUUGCCAAACGAGCGCAUCUUUCACUUUCGCGAAGCGCUUUGGGAGUUUCAGCUACAGUCAGCCCUCGCCGCCAACCGUCUGGAUGACUCGAGUACUCGAGUACACGAGUACAUCAGCAAAAGUACCUCGCCGCAUCAACAACAAAAGCAUUGCUGCGAAGGCCGCUUUUGUGCAAGAAUUUGGUGUGUGUGUGGGGGGGGGGGUCAUUUUUCUCAGAAAUAUCCAAUUGGAACUGGGAGCCAUUUUGAGGCAUGAUCAGGUCUCUGCUACGUAGGUGAUUUUUACAUUAUUCAUGCUUUCAUCAAUUAAUCUCCAAAAUUCGGAGGGUUUUUUUCCAUUUUGCGGCAGGAGCAUCUGCGAUAUGCCAACUAUUUGGUGUUUGCAGCAGGUCCAGGCCCCCAAGAGCGAGGGCUGACUGUAUUUUUGAAACACAUUUUUAAAAAUAUGUCUGUACAUAUUUGUUUUGGGGGGCUUUUUUUGUACAUGUUUGAUUUCGCUUUGGUGAAUUUUAGCAUCGACAUGUUUUUUGGCCUUUUUUUUUUCUUGACAUCGUCGCUUUCCCUUCUUUUCUUCCCGGCGUUUGCCAGAUCAUGUCGAAGGGGCGUGGCCCUCCACGAUUGGCCGCCCUCCAAGAGGCACGGCCCAAUACAAGCACUUAGCGUCAGGGGGUGUGGCUCGCCUGCUCAUGUGUAGAUAUGAACAUAUACAUACGUACAUGAGUAUACAAUAUGAAACACGUGCAUGUCGUAGCGUUAGUGAUGAUGUAGUUAGUCACAUGAUGUGGCCGCUUCCUUUUACGUAAGCUCCACCUCAUCACCUCUCGCCAUCAGUGGACUCCUCGUCCACCUUCACCUCAUCCACCCCCCACUUCCCCCCGGGGCAGCUGGCCAACUUUGGUCAGAUGAGCAACAUGGCUAACGGUCGGCGCGAGCGGCUCCGGGAGUGGUCCGGCUAACUCUGUUGUUGGAGUUGGCGGCUGAGCUAAUGGCUAAUGCUCAGCAAGCUAGCGCUGUCCCGUGGCCGCUUAGAGCGGUCGUCGUUGCUGCGCCUUAACCAACGUCAGCUUGGUGGCGGAAGGAAUAUUUGAUCAACUGACCUCACGUGAACACGCAGCGCAGAAGAGGUUCUUUUGACCUGUCGAUAGAACACCUGUGAGCCUAGCCUCUAGGCUCUCAUUAGCCCUGAAAAGCGAGCGGCGUCUUCUCUCGCUAACUGGAGCGGCGUGGCUCAGCGCUAGCCGGCCAACCGAACGACAACCAGCUAACCAUUUGCUCCAGACUUGACUCGGUCCCCUUAGCGAGCCGGCGCCGCAGCCCAUCGGAUUUGUCCGACGAGCUAACGGCUAACGCGGCCGCCGAAGACGACUCGAGAAGCAAAUGAUCCAUUUCAUGAACUUAAUGCAGCUCGUGGAGCCAAUCGUCCUGAAAAUGUGAACCGAGGCAAACAAUGUUGAUGACAAUCAGUUGUUGCAGGAACCUGAAAAAAGAAAAAUACAAAGAAGAAGGGUGGGGGGAGGUCCCUAUUGGGAGCGCCGCGCUCGCUCCGUGAUGCGGCGGCAUUCUUAUGAAUCCCAGAGGAGUUCCAGGCAGAGACGGCAUUGGGCGCCGCGUCGCCGACCGUGGCGAAUCUGGAUCGGAACAAUGGAGACGGCGAGGAGAGGCACGGAGCGAGGCCAGGGGGGGGUCGGGGCUCGGGCCGGGCUCACUCAUGCCCGCGGGCCGAGAUCAGACAGCCGUUUUGCCGGACCGACGGUCGGCCAAUCGGAUGGCCCGCCUGGAAUUCCGCCGGGAUUCAUGGGAAGGCCGCGCAGAACCGUCGUCUUCCAUUGUGCUCAUCCGGCGAAUUCCCAAGAGGAGCCGAGACAACGUUGCUGAUGCAAACACUCGCACUUCCUGGCAACCAAAGUUAGCACGUGACCGGCAUUGCCUUCUCGGGGUCGGUCCCUAAAAAAAAAAAAAAAAAGACCUCACCCAAAACCUGCUGUGACGAUCGUCUCACCCAGCUCGGCUGUGUCGCCGGUUCCCGUUUUCGUGACGCGGUCGCACUUGAGCGCAUCCACCGCAACCCCCGAAAAUCGUUGACACCUCCACGUCGUGCGUCCAGCUCCCUCCCUCGUGUCACGCGAUGAAUCGCUUCCGACUCACGCGCGCCACGUGUCAUUCGCUUGUAAAGUCAACUUCCGACAUUAUGACCUCUGUCCUUAGAGUGAAGGAAAACCAACAGCAGUUUGAUCCGUUAAGUGCGCUUCUGAAACCAGCUGCCUGCGUUCUCUCACCUUAGCUUUCGGCGUUAGCUCCCCAACAUUAACUUUCAGCGUUAGCUUCUGAAGUCAAGCUCUUGAGCUAGCUUCCGACGUUAGCGCCCAACGUUAGCUUCCAGUUUCAGCUUCCCAGGUUAACCUUUGACGUUAGUUUCACUCUUAGCCGCAACGCUUCCAACGUCACCUUUAACGUGAGCGACGACGGGCUCAUUUUCUCUCGGGAGUUACCUUUUGGCGCUUAGCAUUGCGCGUUGACGUUAAAAGGAAGAUCUCUUGGCUUCCGACGUCAGAUGCCCAAGUUUGCGUCAAAAUGAGCCUCCGACGUUACCCUUCGUGUUAGCGUCGAGGAAGCUUCCGACAUUAGCUCCAAUGUUAGCUUGUGAAGUUAGCUUCCAACUUGACCUCUCUUUGUUUCCGGCGUUAGCUUUGACGUUAGCUUCCGGGCCUUUGAGGCAGUGAGCGAAACGCAAAGUGAGAAAUUUGUGCCGUCGCGUUGUCCUCGGAGCGGUGCAAUGAAAUUCCUGGCAGUUUCCUCCAUUUGUGACCCAAUUGCAAAUCUGAGACAGACGGCGCAACUUCUCCAAAGAGAGAAAUCAAACAUGGCAUGGAGACGGUUGCAAAACAGCCGUUGGGAAUUGAAAGAAAUACAACGCUACAACGCUACAACGCUACAACGCAGCGCUUCCAGUGUUACAAAGCGCAGGAAAACAAAUCGCGGGCAGUGGCGGGGGGAGGAUCCAACUGCCAAAACGAUUUCACGGAGACCUUUGAUAUCGUACGUCCCGUUAUAUUGCACAGCUCUGCUGGUUGAUGUUGUUGUUGUUGAUGUUGCUGUUGUGCCGUCGUCGUCAUCGUCGCGGUGCGGUGGCAGCGAGGACGUUUGUGUACGCACGCUCGUCGCGCUGCCCCGCCCCCCCCCCCUUUUCCUUUUCUAGCGCAGCACUUCUUCCUCUUUGUGUUGUUGUGUUCGAGAUGACAUUUGACGGGUCCAAAGAUGCUUGGACGCCUUUGCUUUUUCCUUUGUCUUCAUCAUUCCACGCAAAUAAAGCGCUUGAUUCUGCCACA